AUGAAGAGAUCUUUCCUUCUUUUGCAGCUCUGGUAUGUGCUAUUGGUACAUGCAUUUUAUGGUGUUUGGUUUAGCGUUGGAGGAAGCCUGCAUUGUGAAUAUUCCAAUUCAGUGAUUCUUCACCGUCCUCACAGCGUCUCCAUCACUGAGUUUGGUGCUGUUGGAGAUGGCGUCACUUUAAACACUAAAGCCUUUCAAAAUGCUCUGUUCUACCUCAAGUCCUUCUCUGACAAAGGCGGUGCCAAGCUUUUUGUUCCCGCUGGUCAAUGGCUAACCGGUAGUUUCGACCUUAUCAGUCACCUAACGUUAUGGCUAGACAAAGGUGCAACCAUUCUCGGUUCAACGAACUCAGAGAAUUGGCCUGUGGUUGAUCCAUUACCAUCAUAUGGAAGAGGAAGAGAGUUGCCUGGUAGAAGACAUAGGAGUCUUAUAUAUGGUCAGAAUCUCACAGAUGUAGUCAUCACAGGUGAGAAUGGGACAAUAGAUGGUCAAGGAAGUGUAUGGUGGGAUUGGUUUAGAAAUGGAGAGCUAAACUAUACAAGACCUCAUCUUGUUGAGCUCAUAAACACUAAUGGUCUGAUCAUCUCCAACCUCACCUUCUUAAACUCGCCAUUUUGGAACAUUCAUCCUGUUUAUUGCAGAGAUGUUGUUGUAAAGAAUCUCACUAUCUUGGCUCCUCUUGACUCUCCAAACACAGAUGGAGUUGAUCCAGACUCAUCAACUAACGUUUGCAUAGAGGACUGUUACAUAGUAACCGGAGAUGAUUUAGUAUCGAUAAAAAGCGGGUGGGACGAGUAUGGAAUCUCCUACGCAAGACCAAGCUCAAAGAUCAAGAUCAAUAGGUUAACAGGUCAAACAACUUCAAGCUCAGGAAUAGCCAUAGGAAGUGAAAUGUCAGGAGGUGUAUCUGACAUCUACAUCAAAGACUUGCAUCUAUUCAACUCCAAUACUGGUAUCAGAAUCAAGACUUCUCCUGGAAGAGGCGGGUACGUAAGAAACGUUCACGUAUCAAACGUGAAGCUUAAUAACGUGAAGAAGGCUAUUAGGUUCACUGGUAAGUACGGUGAACAUCCUGAUGAAAACUUUGAUCUCAAGGCACUUCCGGCUAUAGAGAAGAUCACUUUUGAGAAUGUUGAUGGAGAAGAUAUCGGUGUUGCGGGUCUUCUUGAAGGUAUAGAAGGAGAUGAGUUUAGGGAUAUAUGUUUCCUUAAUGUCACUCUUAAGGUGAAGAAGAAAGCUCCAUGGAAAUGCUCAAAUGUUAGAGGCUACUCGCAGUGGGUUUCACCGGAGAUUAGUUGUGAUUCUUUUGAAGAGAGGAUUUUCCCAGAGCAUAGCUCUGAUUGUUUUGGGUUAUCAGAGAAUAAUCUUGAGAUAUCAAGUGGUUUAAGUAGAUCACCAUGGUUGCUUUCUUGGUAA